AUGGAAGAAGAGCUGGUGACUCCGGACUCUUCGUCGGAAAGACGCUACUUUCCCGAAUCCCUGGACUCCAGCGAUGGCGAGGAAGACGGGGCUUUGGCCUGCGAGGACUUGGAGCUGAACCCUUUUGAUGGAUUGCCAUACUCCUCCCGUUACUACAAACUCCUGAAGGAAAGAGAGGCUCUCCCGAUAUGGACAGAAAAGUACUCCUUCAUGGAGAACCUGCUUCAGAGUCAAAUCGUGAUCGUGUCCGGAGACGCCAAGUGUGGCAAGAGCUCCCAGGUGCCGCAGUGGUGUGCCGAAUACUGCCUGUCCGUCCACUACCAGCACGGGGGCGUGGUGUGCACGCAGGCCCACAAGCAGACCGCCGUCCAGCUCGCCCUGCGGGUAGCAGACGAAAUGGACGUCAACAUUGGCCAUGAGGUUGGCUACACGAUCCCCUUUGAGAACUGCUGCACCAGUGAGACCAUCCUGAGGUACUGCACCGAUGAGAUGCUGCAGAGAGAGAUGAUGUCCAACCCCUUCCUGGGCAGCCACGGGGUCAUCAUCUUAGAUGACAUCCAGGAAAGAAGCAUAGCAACUGAUGUGUUACUUGGCCUCCUUAAAGGUGUUUUACUAGCAAGACCGGAACUGAAGCUGGUCAUCAACUCCUCACCGCUCCUGCUCCACAAGCUCAGCUCCUACUAUGGAGACAUGCCCCUCGUCGAAGUGAAGAAUAAACACCGCGUGGAGGCGGUGUACCUUGGUGGGGCUCAGAGGGAGUCCUUGGAGUCUGUUUUACGCCUCGUGUUUGAGAUUCACCGCUCUGGUGAGAAGGGGGACGUCGUCGUCUUCCUGGCCUGCGAACAGGAUAUUGAAAAAGCCUACGAAAUUGUCUGUCGAGAAGGAUCUGACGCUAACCCGGAUUUUGGCGAGCUGGUGGUGGUCCCUUUGUACCCAAGAGAGAAAUGUGCGCUGUUCAAGCCAAACGAUGAGAUGGAGAAACGGUGCCAAGUUUACCAGAGGAGGGUGGUGCUGACCACCAGCUCCGGAGAGUCCUUGAUCUGGAGCAAUUCGGUCCGAUUUGUGAUUGACGUGGGUGUGGAAAGAAGAAAGGUGUACAACCCUCGCAUAAGGGCGAGCUCACUGGUCAGGCAACCCAUCAGCCAGAGCCAAGCGGAGGCGCGCAAGCAGAUUCUCGGCUCAUCCUCCUCAGGAAAACUUUUCUGUCUGUACUCUGAAGAAUUUGCCUCCAAAGACAUGCAGCCGCUGAAGCCGGCAGAAAUGCAGGAAGCCAACCUAACCAGCAUGGUGCUGUUUAUGAAGCGGGUCGACAUCGCCGGCUUGGGCCACUGCGACUUCAUGAACAGACCAGCCCCAGAAAGUCUGAUGCAGGCUUUGGAAGACUUAGACUACCUGGCAGCGCUGGACAAUGACGGGAAUCUGUCCGAGUUUGGGAUCAUCAUGUCGGAGUUUCCUCUGGACCCACAGCUCUCAAAGUCUAUCUUGGCGUCCUGUGAAUUUGACUGUGUAGAUGAAAUGCUAACCAUCGCUGCCAUGGUAACAGCUCCUAACUGCUUUUCGCAUCUGCCACAUGGAACUGAGGAAGCUGCCUUGACUUGCUGGAAGACAUUUUUACAUCCUGAAGGCGAUCACUUUACCCUCAUCAACAUUUACAAGGCCUACCAAGACACAGCUCUGAAUUCUGCCAGUGAGCUCUGUGUUGAAAAAUGGUGUCAUGAUUACUUCCUCAACUGGGCCGCCCUCAGGAUGGCAGAAGUCAUCCGAGCCGAACUCCUAGAAAUUAUUAAGCGCAUCGAGCUUCCCUAUGCAGAACCCGCUUUUGGCUCCAGGGAAAACACUCUGAACAUCAAGAAAGCUCUGCUGUCUGGCUACUUCAUGCAGAUUGCUCGGGACGUGGACGGGUCAGGGAACUACCUGAUGCUGACACACCGGCAGGUGGCGCAGCUGCACCCGCUGUCCACUUACUCCAUCAGCAAGAAGACGCCGGAGUGGGUCCUGUUCCACAAGUUCAGCAUCUCCGAGAACAACUACAUCAGGAUCACCUCCGAAACCUCGCCCGAGCUGUUUAUGCAGCUGGCGCCACAGUACUACUUCAGUAACCUGCCUCCCAGCGAAAGCAAGGAUAUUCUACAGCAAGUGGCGGGCCACCUGUCACCUGUCUCGACGGUGACAAGGGAACAGACGAUGGGCGAGAAGUGCCCUGAGGCUGCUGAGCAGAGGUGCGCUCUGCAGUGACGCGCCCGAGCCGCCCAGGGCGUCCGGUAGACACUGGCCCGCCCGCUGGCGGCCCGCGGGGCAGCGACUCCACGGGAAGGAGGCUCUCGGACCCCACGCAGGAGAAUCUUGAAAUAUGACACUUUGUAUAUUAUUUAAAAAUAAAAAAUAGAAGUUUUUAUUGAGUUCUUUAAAUUACUA